UAGGCAGCCGAUUGCAGGAUUAGGUGGAGUUGUUUGUCUAAUUCGUUUGCUGACUUGCACCCACUUUUUCUAGUUUUUUGGAAGCUACCUUAGGUAAAUCUUCCCUGAACUUCUUUACUGUUUUAUUGCGAUAUCUAUGCUAUUCAACGGCAUCCCUAUUGCAUCCCCAACGACUUGUUCCUGCAUCGUCUCUCGUUUCGCUGCGCCCAAUUCCACGACCACCUUCGAGUCCACCACCUGUAACUUCUGCGCAAUCAUCUGGUUCCUGCAUUGACAAAUCAUUUUGCACCUCUGCUUCCUGUUGUUCCUGUCGAACAACUACGAUAACACCCAACUUACGACUAGUACUUUGCAUCUACAAGAAGACGCAACAAAAUGCCGAAGAAGGAUAAGGUUCUCUCCAAGAAGGCCAAGGAACGCCUCGCCAAGGAUGAAGAGGCCAAGAAGAAAGCUGCUGUCACUGCCGGAGAUGCACGAGAGCAAGAGAAAGCUGCGGUCUUAGCGCAGGCGGUUAUCACUGGAAAUCUUGCAAGCAGAGCUGAUUCCCGCGAUCUUAAGGUCAGCGAAUUCUCCGUCACGACAUUCGGGAAGCAACUGGUACUUAUAGAUAUUAGUAUUCAUCUUGUUGUUAUACUCUUUUUCUGAAGCUUGGACAUGGAUAUUUGACUCUAUGUAUACAUAGUACCGUAAUACUCUUGUUUAGGCAUUAGAUCAACAUCAACGACAUACAAAUGAUAGUUGUAAUGAAGUGAAAGCAACAAGCAUGGGGUCUUACCUUCGGAAGAGCGUAUUUUUUACUGUGCAAAAAAUGGAAGGUCAGCUUAAGGUUGAACAUAUCAAUAGAUGCUAACCACGCUUCAAAUUCAUUGUGCGUUCAACAAACUCAGGUCGCCGACACAACUUUGGAGUUGAACUUCGGGAGAAAAUAUGGACUCAUUGGGCAAAAUGGCAGUGGGAAAUCAACAAUCUUAGCAGCCAUCGCUGCAAAAGAAGUGCCAGUUCCCGACAUCAUUGAUAUGUGGUUCUUGGAUUGCGAGGCACCGCCAAGUGAUAUGAACGCAGUCGAUGCAGUCACAGCGAAGGCAAAGGAGGAAGUGCAGAGGUACUACUUAUAACUGUUUGCUUGGUUAAUUUUCAUGAGCUCCUACGAAUUAUUUGUAUUUCAUGCUUCCUCUUUUUACUUUCUCGCAACUAACAGCACUUUAUCGAUGAUAUUUAUAGAUACGUAGAACCGUGCUAGUACUACCUACAUCCUGCACUUAUUACAAGAUAUCUCCAUGCUUGAACCAAAAGACGUUUAUUCAGAAACAAUGGACAACAUCCUCCCCAAUUAUCGUAGGUUAGAAGAGCUUACCCUGAGAUUGAUGGAAGAGGACCCGGAAGGAAACGCUGAUAUGCUCGACCAGAUCGGUGAAAAGCUGGAUAAAAUGGAUCCGCAUACGUUCGAUUCUAAGGCAUCAGAGCUCUUGCACGGUCUUGGAUUCGGACCGAAGAUGAUGCAAAAGGCGACCAAAGAUAUGUCCGGAGGUUGGAGAAUGCGCGUUUCGUUGGCACAGGCGCUUUUCGUAGAACCGACGCUGUUGAUCUUGGAUGAGCCAACAAAUCACUUGGACUUGGGUAUCAUUUACUUAUUUAAUAUAAUAUGCUUACUUGACUUUUUUACUUGCUUGGUGGAAAUGGCAUCAAUUGCUUAGGCUUCUACUUGGUUGUGAUGUUGAUGGGAUUUGCACUCAGAAGUAGGGUGUUGUCGGCGCGUCGCAGCUUCUGAGCCGAAGAAACAAUAUGAUAAGGAUAUGGUGGUCAUUCUCAUAGAGGCAUAUUUCUCUCCAUUUUUUUCAGGUGCCUGCGUGUGGCUGGAAGACUAUCUAGCGAACUAUCCGAAUACCCUGUUGAUGGUGUCACAUUCCGAGGAUUUCCUCGACAACGUGUGCACAAACAUAAUGCAACUGACACACGACGGAAAAUUGAAGGUAUAGCUAGCACAAAAAGAUGAACCUUCUGCUUCUGUGAUGUAGAGUCAUUGUGAGCACUAGUAGUUGUACGGUACCGUUUCUUGGGUUUUCCCGCCUGUUUGCUCCUCACGCGCAGCUUCACGACGCUGCUGUAAGGUUCUUGACAGACAAAAAAUAUUUUCCCUCUCCUCCUCAUCUAAUGGUCAUGAUCAUGGUUCAUCUCAGCUCGUCUCCUCUAUUGCACAACAACUACUAGGUGUGGGGCGGCAACUACAGCACUUACGUGAAGACCCGUGAGGAGAUUGAGAAGAAUCAGAUGACCAAAUACAAGAAGGAACAAGACGACAUAAAGCAUUUGCAGGAUUUCAUCAGAAGUUGUGGUACCUAUGCAAACUUGCGAAAACAGGCUGAUAGUAAACAAAAGAUCAUCGAUAAGAUGACUGAAGCCGGUUUGACAGAAAAGCCAGUCGCAGACCCAAAAUACCACUUUCGCUUUCCAGACUCCGAAAAAUUGCCCCCGCCCGUCCUCGCCUUCGAAGAUGUCUCAUUCGCCUACAGCGGAAAAAGACAGGUAAUACAGACGAUACUAAUACUAAGAUACAUGCUCCGUGGAUUAACAGAAACAUGUUCAUUAUGAUGAUCAUGAUGUUUUUGCCCACUACAUGAGUGAGACCGAUGUCGACGUUCAACUUGCUUUACAUCAUCAUCAUCUACAUCGUCAUCUCCAAACAGGACUACCUGUACGAGGGUCUCAAUUUUGGUGUGGAUUUGGACUCGAGAAUAGCACUCGUCGGUCCGAACGGUGCGGGAAAAAGUACGCUGUUGAAGCUAAUGCGCCGGGAACUCGACCCGUGUGAGGGAGAGGUGAAGCGCCACGGCCACUUGCGCAUUGGCCAGUACAACCAGCACUCCGAAGAAGUGCUCGAUUUGGAGAAGAGCCCGCUGCAGUUCUUCAUCGAUUUGUAUCCGGAUGGCAUUACGACGGAUAAGGGAGUAGUGAAGCAGGACACCGACGACUGGCGACGCACGCUCGGCCGAUUCGGAAUUUCGGGACAGUCCCAGACCAGAGCCAUGAGGACCAUGUCGCACGGUUAUCGCACGCGCGUCGUCUUUGUGAUGAUCUCCCUGACGAAUCCGCAUAUAUUGUUGUUGGAUGAACCUACGAAUCACUUGGAUAUGCAGUGUAUCGACGCCCUGGCGGACGCGAUCAAUGCCUUCACGGGUGGCCUUGUUCUCGUAUCCCACGACUUCCGACUCAUCGGUCAGGUCGCGAAAGAAGUGUGGGUCUGCGACAAACUCACCGUCAAGCCCUGGGACGGAGACAUUAAAUCCUACAAAAAACACCUCAAGGCAAGCGUCACUAAAAAAUAAUUGUACUUCGUUCCUCUGAUGUCAACUAAACAGCAUGAAGAUGUUGACCACAGAUUUCAGAUGAAGACCAAGUUGCACCAGAAGUAUUACAAGCAGGGCAAGAUGAACAAGAAGAACUACUUGUAUCAUGACCCCUCAAGAAGAUCCUCACGAAAGACGUCGUGGCAAAGAACCCCAGAAAGAGCAGGAGUUGCAAGUGGCACGGGCUCGAGGAUAUUUUUGACCACGGCGGAUUUUAGUAAUUUGCAUAUUUGAAGUUACAGUUCUUGAAUUUUUUGGUUCUCUUUCGCAGACGACACUCGUUUGUGUCCCGAACUGCAAGAGGCUCGAAAAGGCGAUGUACGCAGAAGGUCAAAAGGGCGUCGAACGUGUGGAGAGGUCGUUAAACACCUAGGUCGUGGGGACAUCUGCGUCUACUUGAAGGACGACACUUGCGUGAGUUGUACUUAAAGGGUCCUCGUGAUUAUGAAAGUAUCUAUAGGGUGCUGCUUAUGCUUAAUCUUUCGGAAUGAAUGAGUUUAAGUUUUUUUAGAAUACCAUAGGAUUUAUGUGCUGAAUCUUGGCGGGCUCUUGACGCCAACAAGGUUAUAAUUAUGUUGGUUUGCGGGGGCGGGAGCAAAUAAUUUUUUCAGUGCUUCUUGUGUUACAACUUCUCAGUGUUUAUAUUAUGCUUCAAGGUUACGACAACUUCGUGUUGAAAGGGCAAGCCCUUCUAGAAUACUGCGAAUACUUAGCUGUGUUGUAGUCGAGAAAAGAAAAAGUUUCUGGUUCAAAAAGCGGAGUCUGUCACUAUGUUGUGGUCGUUUACAUACUGAUGAGGUUGUGUUCAUGGUGGCGUUCGGGAGUCGAGCUUAAUGCAUGGAAGCUGAAAGACAUGUCAAAAACCAAGGGUGCUUCCUGCUGGCGUCGGUAAUCUUGGAAGAAUUUUACAUGCAGCAUACCAAAUUUGAAGUUUCAGGCCAGUUGCAAGCAGCUUCUUGUCUAUAGAAGCAGUCGGUACUCGGUAGCAAUUGCGUACAAACUUCUUUUUCGUAAGAAGUUCUGCGCAUUCGCCUAGAGCUGCGUAUGAUACAUUCUAUCUGAUAGAUGUUGGUGCAUGUUUUAUGUUUUUAGCUUACGAUGAGGUCGUUUGUUAGCAGAUGUUGACUUCUUCUACAGAUCACUUCUACUGUGUCGUCGUAGAAGUGUCUCACACAAGCAUGCGGUAAUGAACUCUUUCGAAAUGGCCACAUUGUCUAUUUUCUGAUAUAAGGAGGUAAACUAGUAUCUAUCUUCCUCGCCACGCCAUUUUUAGGGAAGGAUGCAUGUUGAAGAUAGUACUUGUUAUAUCCUUCAUGUCAGAACAAUCUUCCGUAGUUCGUUGGCCUCCUGCACAGGUUGAGCUAUCAUUGAUCAAAACACCUUAAACAAGAUCAAGACCUUCAUACAUGAAAUGGCUGAAGAAAUUUCUUGUCACAGAAACACUGUCAGACCACGUCUCUACGGUCACUAUGAAAGGUGAUAACAGGGACAUUAGCAUGCAUGGAAGUUCAGUAUCAUUGCUAGACAGACGUUGACAUAUUCAUGGGGCCAUUAUGCCUCAGGGGUACGUUGUUCUUUAGAAUGAAUGUUUAGGACCAAACAUCAAGCAAGCUUGUACACGAUAUGUCUUGGAUCUCAAAUCUUCUUAUUGCAAUUUCGAUUCGUGUGUUGUACAACCAAUUUAUUAGAGGUUCAUACAUUCGGAUGAACUAUUGCUCACUGAAGACGACCACCUUGCAUCACUACCAGUCGCCAGCACUUGCUAUUAGGGAUAGCUAUCUAUCGCAAAUCAGUAUCAGUUCUGCAAGGUUUCAGGGUAACCACACACCAACUUCUGCCGAUCCGGUGCUCAACGCGCAGGGCUGAGGCGGGAAUCCCACUAAUCCUCCUAACAUUUCUUGAGCUACUUGCGAAAGCAGUUCGGGGGCGCUAAGAAGUGUGUAGUUGUGCGGGAAAAAAAGCCUCCCUCUAAGCCUAGCUGUGCAUCCACCUAAGAACUACAAGACGUGCGGAAGAUUCUACUUGCUGGAAUUCUCAAGUUUCUUGUGCAGCGUAUAUCUAGUAUCAAGUCUAUCCCCAUCAGGCUACACCCGAUAUAAAUAUUUGCUGUUUAGUCCACAAGAUUGUUCUUUCGUCAUUGUAAUCAUAUCUCGACAUAUAUGCUUGUAGUACUCAUGUUGUAUCAUUGUUUGUAGUAAAAAUUUCUAGCAAUGGUUCUCAGUUUCAUCAUCUUGAAUGAACAUCAUUCCGUAUAUGCUGCAAACAUCGGACUCCUCGAGACGGAGAUUGAUGAAAGACUCACCUAGAAAACCUCAUACUUGUGGAAAGCUAUCCAGACUCUCGCAACAUGGACAAUCACAUCGCUACGAAAUGAAUACUGACACCAGCAGAAGGUGAGGAUGAGAAGAAAUGCCUAGUACAUACUGAUUCAAUUUUGAUGCGCCUCCGCUGGGGUGAGGCUUGAGUCAC